AUGACCACACCUCUGGAUUCUUCAACUCUACCAAGUGGUAAUAGUUUUGGACGCGAAACUGAUCGCAUGGUGCUGCUGGACUUGAAGAAAAGAAUCACUCAAGAUCCUCUUCAUGUCAUGAGCUCAUGGAAUGAUUCCGUUCAUUUCUGCAGUUGGGUUGGCGUCACGUGCAACCCUUCCACCAAAAGAGUCGAGAUUUUGAAACUCAAGUCUCGAAAACUAGUAGGCUCUUUACCACCUUCUAUUGGAAAUCUUACUCAUCUUGCUAGAAUCAGCCUGGCCUUCAAUAGCUUUAGUGGUGAAAUUCCUCAAGAAAUGGGUCGUCUACGAAGCCUGCAAUAUCUCAGCCUGUCUGGAAAUUCCUUCAGUGGGAAAAUACCAACUAAUAUAUCUCAGUGCACACAACUAAAAGAUCUCCGUCUAACUCUCAAUGGGCUUAUAGGGUCCAUUCCGAACCAAUUCAAUUCAUUGUUGAAUUUAAAUUAUCUAUCCCUUGAUUCUAACAAUCUCACUGGAGCAAUCCCAGGUUGGAUAGGAAACUUUUCUUCUCUGCAUGAGCUUUAUCUUAGCCAAAACAAUUUUCAAGGAAGCAUACCCAGUGAGCUCGGGCGUCUGACCAGCUUGGGGACAUUUGCACUUGCGUCGAAUAAUCUGUCUGGUAUUGUCCCUUCUUCAAUCUAUAAUAUUUCUUCAAUGCACAUCUUCAGUGUUGCUGUCAACCAGCUCCAUGGAGAGCUACCACCAAAUGUUGGCAUUAAUCUACCAAAUCUCGAAGAAUUUUAUGGUGGUGACAACAAAUUCACUGGAACUAUUCCUGCAUCAUUGUCAAAUUCUUCCAGACUCUGGAAGAUUGAUUUGAGUCAAAAUGGUCUCCAUGGGGCACUCCCUGCUGAAAAUCUUGGCAGCUUGCGAAACUUAGUUGAGAUGUCCUUUGGUAGCAAUAGACUCAGAAAUGAGAAAACUGGCGACUUCAAAUUUCUCAACUCUUUGGCUAAUUGUACUAGCCUAGAGAUCUUGAGUCUUGAAACUAAUCUAUUUGAAGGACAGUUGCCAGGAUCCGUAGGCAACUUUUCUGGCCAACUACAAUAUCUUUAUUUGGGGACAAAUUUGAUACACGGGAGAAUCCCUCAAGAAAUUGGAAAUCUCGUAAACUUGACCCUCUUAGGAGUGGAAAAUAAUGAUUUGAGUGCAAGUGUCCCUGAUGUAGUUGGGAAGCUUCAAAAGUUACAGGAAUUGUAUGUGAAUGAUAACAAAUUUUCUGGGCCGAUACCAUCCUCCUUAGGCAACUUGACUUCCUUGACACACCUCUACAUGAACGAUAAUAGGUUUGAGGGAAAUAUACCUCCAAGUUUUGGUAGCUGCCAAAGUCUGCUCGAGCUCGACCUUUCUCAUAACAACAUAACUGGCGCCAUACCUAGAGAGCUUUUCGGGGUUUCAUCUCUUACAAUUUCUUUGGACAUUUCCGAAAAUUCUUUGACUGGUUCGUUACCAUCUGAAGUGGGUGAUUUGAUAAAUCUUGUGGAGCUGGAUGUAUCAGGAAAUAAGUUAUCAAGUGAAAUCCCCACAACCCUUGGCAGUUGUAUUAUGUUGGUGCACUUGCAUUUGGAAGUCAAUGAAUUUGAAGGAACAAUUCCUCAAUCCCUUAAAAAUUUAAGAAGCCUGGAAGAAAUAGAUAUUUCACGCAACAACUUAUCAGGGCAGAUUCCCGAAUUUCUGGGCAAGUUUCCGUUUCUUCUCUAUCUCAAUCUUUCUUAUAAUGAUUUUGAGGGUGAAUUGCCUAAAGAAGGGAUCUUUUCAAAUACAAGUGGUCUCUCAGUUAUUGGAAACAAUAAGCUUUGUGGUGGCCUCCCAAAAUUACGUCUACAUGCCUGCUCCAUCAAAAAGUCCCAUUCAUCUCAACGACUACUUGCCCCAAAGGUAGUCAUCCCUAUUGCUUGUGCACUUGCCUUCAUAAUUGCUCUGUCAUGCUUCAUUGUGGCUCGCUCAAAGGUGAAAAAGUCAAGAGGUGGACCUGUAGCUUCACAUUCUUAUAAGGGUUGGAAAUCCAUCUCUUACUUAGAACUCGUUCAAUCAACUGGCGGUUUCUCUAUGGACAAUCUGAUUGGUUCAGGAAGUUUUGGUUCUGUUUACAAAGGAGUACUUCCUACUGAUGGGAGGGUAGUUGCUAUCAAGGUAUUCAACCUUCAACAACGAGGAGCUUCCAAGAGUUUCAUUGAUGAAUGCAAAGCUUUAAGAAGUAUACGGCACCGGAAUCUUCUCAAAAUCAUAACUGCAUGCUCAAGUAUUGAUAAUCAGGGUAAUGACUUCAAGAGUCUAGUUUUCGAGUUCAUGGAAAACGGAAGUCUAGACUCAUGGCUGCAUCCAAGAGAUGAUGAGCAAUCUCAAAGUAAGAGAUUGAGCCUUAUCCAAAGACUCAAUAUUGCAAUUGACGUUGCUUCUGCAAUAGAUUAUCUCCACCACAAUUGUGAAACCACCAUUAUUGUUCAUUGUGAUCUAAAGCCAACCAAUGUUCUUCUUGAUGAAGAUAUGGUAGCCCAUGUUGGUGACUUCGGUUUAGCAAGGUUCCUCUUGGAAGCAUCUGAGAAUUCCUCCCAAAGUCAAACCAUGUCAGUUGGGUUAAAGGGUUCUAUAGGCUACAUUCCUCCAGAGUAUGGCAUGGGAGGCCAAGUUUCCAUUCUCGGAGAUAUUUAUAGCUUCGGAAUAUUGUUACUAGAAAUGUUCACAGGAAAAAGACCUACAGAUGACAUGUUCAGAGAUGGUCUAAGCAUUCACGAAUUUGCAGCCAAUGCAAUGCCUGACCAUGCCAUGGACAUAGUUGACCAUUCAUUGCUCAUUGAAAGAGAUUAUGCAGACGAUGAUGAUGAAAGAUACAACAAUGACAUAGAAGCAAGAUCAAUUACACGCUAUCAGGAUGACAGCCCUAUCCUUUCAACAAGAUUGGAGGAGUGUUUGGUUUCGGUGAUGCAGAUAGGACUCUCAUGCUCUGCAAUAUCACCAUCUGAGCGGAUGCAAAUGGAUGUUGUUGUGAACAAAAUGAAGGCAACUAGAGACUCACAUCUCAAUUUUAGAGGGAGCAGAAGAGGAAAAAGCUAG